AUGUCGAGGCCAUUCCUCCUCCAGGCUACAAGGCGGGCAGUGUGUCCAAUAUCUCUACGCUCGCAAGGUCUGCGCUAUUAUGCUGCACAUGCGGCUGCGUCGCAUACAGUCUCCCCGUCGCGGGAGGCUGGGUCCCCCGAAUCAAGCUCGGCAGCAGGUCCUAGCUCAGUGCCGUUGGACGCAUUCUCAGAUGCAGCGGUAAACGGCAAUAAGGGGUCCCUCAAAGGAUCAGAUGGCAAGCGACCAAGGUCUAAGAAAAUUAAGAAAGCGUCUCGGGAACCGAGGGAAAUGCCGCCACGGACUAGUAGGACUAUCUUGGAUCCUUUCGAAGAUGAGCUUCGUCUUACCUCACUCAUCGCUGCAAGACCAUCUCCCCUUACUCUUUCGGAUAUCGAGCGUUACCGUGUGGCGCGCAAAUCGAGACAAGAGGAGCCAAGCUACGUAGAGGAGUACAAUCAGCUCGUGGACGCGCUUUGUCGUGCGUUCUCAAAAGGACAGUUAACCAAGUUUGCGAGGAUGUACGGUAUGAAGGUUGGGCCAAAACAGAAGAAGAUUGACAUUGCCGAGGACAUCAUCGAGAAGCAAUGGCAAUGGCCAUCCUUAGAGGAGAUUGAAAAACAGAAACGGGAGAGGACCGAAGUGGUCGAAAAACUCUUUACCGUUGACGCGCCUCAGCUAUUCCAUAUCUUAGGAAAAGACGGUGCCGACCUACUUCAGUUGUCUAUGGAUUACAACGUACACGUUUCUCUUGUGUCUAACCCAUUGGCCCUGAGGGUUGAAGGGUCGCCGGGGUCAAUUAAGCAGCUGAGUCGCCAUAUUCACAGUCUCAAACAAAGUAUAAUCUCAGAGACCGUCCACCUACCUUCGCGAACCGCCAUACCGCGAGAGAUGCUCCAACAAAUCUCUAGAACUGUCAACGCCUUCAUAGAGAACAUAGACCUCAACGGAAAGGUCAAAGUUUAUGCAAGGAGUACUCAGGCCCUAAGCGCAGCCAUGCGAUUUGUUGUUCGUACUGACUUGACGGCUCUAGCCUUGCGCCCCAGACCUCUGUUAUCAUUCCUCUCACAGAAGCUUAUCACGUCUGGUUCAGUUAUGCCCUUCCCUCAGUCGUAUUCCUUCUACCCUUUCCUACCGCCCCAGUCUAUGUCUGUAGGCACGAAUGCCGCGGGAUCUUUCCGUGUUCGUAGGGUCGGUCAGUGGCUAGGACCGGAUUACGCAGAGUCUUCAAGUCUACAAGAUAGAGCUUUGAGUGCAGGCACUGGCCACACAUACGAUAUCCACGGAGACGCGGCAGAGUUGAAGCAGACGCUCUUUGACGGGUCGUCUGACAAAGAGCCACCGCAAACUGUGACAGCGACUAUCGGGCAUAUCCUGUUCGCAUCCAAUGUUCCGAAACGCCACAUGAGUCUGACUCCGCCGUUACAAGGGCAGCUGCCAAUGUCCAGGAUAUUGGAGUGGAUAGCGACGACCCAUCCUAAAAUCCAGUUUAUCCCAAGGUGGGAUCCCAGUCCCUCAUACUAA